AUGCCGCAUUCUGGUUGCCUGAACGACUACGCUGCCUCAGUCGAGUCCAUACUACUUGCACAGGAUCAUGCCGCGCUGCCCCCUCACUCCGCUAUUCAACGUGCCGAGUUGUCGUUGCCAAAGACAUUACCUGAAAGUGGCCUCGGAUUUGAACGGAUCAAGCAACAUCUAGAGGAAGAUAUUGUCCCCGCACUAAACGGAAGCUCGCUGAGCGCAAAUUAUUACGGUUUCGUAACGGGUGGCGCAACGAUGGCGUCGUUAUUUGCGGACUGGCUUGUCAGUGCGGUCGAUCAGAACCCUCAAGUCCAUUCCCCAACGGAGACGAUUGCGAGUGAUGUGGAUCACGUAGCACUGAGACUGCUUCAACAACUUCUGGGGCUAGACGAAAACCUGUUCAAUGGCCGAAUAUUCACGACUGGCGCCACCGGUUCAAAUAUCCUUGCGUUAGCACUGGGUCGUGAAUAUGUUGUGGCCUCAGCUGGCCGUCGACUGUCUCCACCAACGAACACAAGCAUCGCGCAACUCGGGGUCUUGAAGGCCUGUAAAUUGGCCGGCGUCAAUAGAAUCCAAAUCCUCUCUGCAAUGCCCCAUUCGUCGCUCAUCAAAGCAGCAUCGGUUGUCGGUCUUGGACAUGCAGCAGUCAUCACAUUGCCGCUGAGCGUGGAAGAGCCCUGGAAAUUCGAUCUGGCCGCCGUAGAAAGGCACCUCAAGGCUGCGAAUGUCGCAAGCAUCAUAUCUGUCAGUGCAGGGGAGGUUAACACUGGCCGUUUUACUACUUCCGGAGACGAGAUGGUUAAGUUGCGCGCUCUGGCAGAUGAACAUGGGGCUUGGCUUCAUGUUGAUGCGGCUUUCGGUCUUCCUGCUUUGGUCCUCCCACAACGUCCCGAGUACAAGCAUAUCAUUGAAGGUGUCAAAUUCAUCGAGCUGGCUGACUCCAUCACUGGCGAUCUCCACAAAAACACAGUGCAGGUUCCUUAUGACUGCGGAGUUUUCUUCCCUCGUCAUCUGGCUUUACAGCAAACCGUUUUUCAAAACGCGCCCUUGGUCGUUCCAGACCAUGGGGAAAUCCCAUCCGCUCAUAAUCUCGGUGUCGAGAACAGCCGACGAAUGCGCGGACUACCAGUAUAUGCCUCGCUGCUUGCGUAUGGCCGGAUUUGGCACCAAGAGAUUCUCCAGUCAGCGGCAUACGAGUUGCUUCCUGGUCCUGAGAUCGACAAAGUCUACAUGAUCGUGCUCUUUUGCGCGAGAGACGACACCUUGAACAGCCAGCUUACCGCGAAGCUGAACGAGUCCGGCAUCAUCUAUGUUUCUCCCACCUCGUGGAACGGCAGAGCUGCGGCCAGAAUUGCCGUCAGCAAUUCACGUGUGGAGGUGAAGAGGGAUGUGGAGAGGGUCAUUCGAGAGCUUGAACGCGUCUCAGCCAAGUCGUAA